AUGAAGGCCCUCAUCCUUGUUGGAGGGUACGGAACACGUCUUCGUCCAUUAACCCUUUCCGUGCCGAAGCCUCUUAUCCAUUUUUGUAAUAAGUCGAUAGUAGAACAUCAAAUAUCAGCAUUGGUGAAGGCGGGUGUUGACCAUGUGAUUCUAGCGGUUGCCUACCAACCCCAAGCCAUGAUGGAGGCGCUCGGAGAGCUUGAACGCAAGUUUAGGAUCCGAAUUUCUUGCUCACGUGAAGAAGAGCCACUCGGUACCGCGGGUCCCAUCAGGCUCGCUAAGGAUCUUCUUACUGAUGAUCAGGAUGACUCUGACGAUCCGUUCUUCGUUUGCAACAGCGAUGUUAUCUGCGAUUUUCCGCUCCCUGAAAUGCUUGCUUUUCAUCGUGAACGCCGCGCAGAGGGAACAAUCCUCAUCACUAAAGUUGACGAUCCGUCCAAGUUCGGAGUUGUCGUCUCGGAUGAACUCGGAAAGAUCAAAGAGUUCGUUGAAAAACCCAAAGACUUUGUCGGCGAUCAAAUCAAUGCUGGCCUCUAUAUCCUUAAUAAGUCUGUUAUCAGUAGGAUAGCGCUCCGUCCAACGUCAAUCGAAAAGGAGGUUUUUCCAUCCAUGGCUGCUGAGGGCGUUCUUUUCGGGUUUCAGUUAGAUGGCUACUGGGCAGAUAUUGGGCAACCAAAAGACUUUUUACGCGGAACAGAACUCUUUCUUGCGUCUCUCUCAAAAGGGUCUUCCAAAGACGACGAUUUCAAACUUGCUGUAGGAGAUGGGAUACUUGGCCACGUUUUGAUCCAUCCAAGCUCCAAGAUUGGGAACGGCUGCCUGAUUGGUCCAAAUGUCACGAUAGGAUCAGAUUGUGUUAUUGGCGACGGUGUUAGAAUUUCUGAUUCUGCAAUUAUGGAUGGAGUCAAAGUGGAAAGCAACUCUUAUAUUAAUGGAUCAAUUGUUGGCUGGCAGUCAUCAAUCUCACGAUGGGUAGGUCUAAAACUGGUCAAGGGUGCCAAUUGUUGCCCUUUAGGUUCGGCUAGAAGGCUUGACUGUCGUUGGUGA